UACAAACAUGGCAAAAGGGUUGACCAUAGAUAAGCAAGAGAUGGCACUCGCUGAGGCAGAGAGAAACAGGUGGCGAGAGGUGCUUACCAGACUGGUGGCCAUAAUUCAGUCCUUAGCUGAAAGAAACAUUGCUUUAAGGGGAUCCACAGACACAUUAAACAACAAACCAGACAAUGGCAAUUUUCUUAAAGAGGUGGAGCUAAUGGCCAAAUUUGACCCAAUAAUGAAGCAGCAUGUUGGUAGGGUGGAAAGCGGAGCUGGUAUUCACACACAUUACCUGGGCAAAAGAAUCCAAAAUGAACUCAUAGACUCAAUAAGCACAAAAAUACUGGAAAAAAUAUUGGAAGAGAUCAAGACCUCAAAGUAUUUCUCCAUCAUUUUAGAUUGCACCCCUGAUCUGAGUCAUAAAGAACAGCUCUCUGUGAUUGUCAGGAUUGUUUCACUGGAAGAAGAAUUGCCACAAAUUAAAGAACAUUUCAUGGGCUUUCUUGUGGCAGAGGAGUCAACCGGGGAAAGUUUGUCUGCUCUCAUCCUCAAAAGACUAGAGGAGCUGAACAUCCCCUUUGAGGACUGCAGAGGACAAUCCUACGAUAAUGGUGCCAACAUGAAAGGAAAGAAUAAAGGUGUUCAGGCUAGGCUGCUUCAACUGAACUCAAGGGCCUUUUUUGUCCCAUGUGGUGCCCACUCCUUAAAUUUGGUGGUAGCUGAUGCUGCUAAGAGCUCACCAGAUGCCAUUGGCUACUUUGGCUAUGUAGCAAAAUUGUUCAAACUCUUCUCAGCCUCCACCCAUAGAUGGGAUAUCUUCCUGAAACACGUCAAAACCACCCUGAAAUCAUGGUCAGAGACCAGGUGGGAAGGCAGGAUAGACAGCAUCCAGGCAGUAAGGUACCAGGCUGGGCCAGUCAGAGAUGCUCUUCUGGAGGUGAGGGAAACUACUCAAGACCCUGUUGUGAAAGUUGAAGCCCAGUCUUUGGCUGAGGAGAUUGGAUCCUACCGCUUCUCUAUUUGCACAGUCAUUUGGUAUGAUAUUCUCAACAAGAUCCAGCAUGUGAGUAAACAGAUGCAAUCACCAUCCAUGCAGCUAGAUGUGGCAGUUGACAUGCUGAAAAAAACCAGAGAAUCUCUUGACGGCUACAGAAAUACUGUAGCCAGUAGAUUUUCUAGUGCACAGGCAACAGCAAAGGAAAUGUGUGAGGAGAUGAACGUGGAAGCUGUAAUCAAACAAAAGAGGUUGAGAACCACAAAAAGGCACUUUGGUUACGAGGCUCCAGAUAAGCCUAUUGGUGAUGCACUUAAAAAAUUGGAAACAAAUUUUUUUAAUGUAGUCGUGGAUACAACCCUGUCUUCACUAGAUGAGAGAUUUCAGACCCUGGGGGAGGUGAAUGACAAAUUUGGAGUUCUCCUCAACUUUCCCAACAUGUCCAAAGAAGAGAUGUUAGAGCACUGUCAAACCCUGAGCACAGCUUUAAGCCAUGAUGGACAGCCAGACAUUGAUGGCAGAGAACUUGUAUUAGAAAUGCAAAACUUUCCACAUCUGCCAUCAAAAAUUAUGACAAACAUUGAGCUCCUGACUUUCCUGCACGAGAAGAAGCUGAUGGAAAUUUUCCCCAAUAUGUGGGUCGCUCUGAGAAUCUCUGCCACUCUACCUGUGACAAUCGCUGCUGCUGAAAGGAGCUUCUCUAAGCUCAAACUGAUUAAAAACUACCUGAGAUCUACAAUGGCUCAAGAACAUCUCAGUGGACUCUUAGUCAUUAGCAUAAAUCAUGUGGUCUCACAACAGCUGUCUUAUGAUGAUAUCAUAGAUGACUUUCGGCUAGAAAGGCAAGGCGAGUAA